AGUAUAAAAAAAACGGCAAAUACCGAGAACGGCUCAGUGACAGGACUUGUGCAAUCACUGACACUACUACUAGUUGUCGCAUGCUAGCAUCGCCGUAAUCGAGUCAAAUGCCGAGUCAUUUUGAUCAAUUGGUCAAUUAUGGUCAUGAAAGGUUCUACAGUCACUGCUUUUCCAGCGCUUACGGCUCUCUGCUGCAUUAUCCUUCGGUAUUGCGCAACUUGUUCUGUCGAGUAUGUUUAACACAGAGAACCUCAUCCUCCGCGGAUUCCAAGACAAUGAUCUAGAGGGAAUCCUUGCUCUGCGGAACGACCCCCCUCCUAUCGCGCCUCCACCAUCCUCAAAGUACAAGGAGUAUAUGAAGACCUUUGCCGAGGGCUCAGCGCUCUGGUUUUCUUUGGUACACAAGGAGUCAGAGAAUUUUAUCGGUUUCUGUUGCAUCAAUUUAUUGGAGGCGAAGAACCGGGACGCACGCUUGGGUAUAACCAUCGCCUCUGGGUUCUGGGGGAAGGGAUAUGGAACGGAAGCCACGCGCUUCACUGUAAACUAUGCGUUCAAAUAUUUCGGAUUGCAACGUAUCUCUUUGGAUGUUACGGAAGGUAAUGCCAGAGCACGAGCGAUUUAUGCCAAAUUAGGUUUUAAGGUGGAGGGAAGGAAACGACGGGGGAAUUGGGUAGAUGGACAUUGGGAGGAUAUUAUCUAUAUGGGGGUUCUAGAUGAUGAAUGGGCGGAGCUGUAUCCUGACAGUUGCCAGCUGAGUACUGAUUGAGACUAAUACCAGAAUUUGCUCGCACUUGUGAGAUCUGCAUCUUGCGACAGAGUCGUUAAAUUCCGGUCAGACUCAAUAUUGGCUGUUCCCGACCAUGAGGAAACAGAGGAAUCG